GGCACUGAAUUGAUGGAUUGCCUCGAAUUUUGAUAGCACUUUCAGGCUAUUUCGCCGGAGGAGCUGAUAUUUCAGACGAUACGGUAUGUAAAAAGAAAUGAUACAGAUCGUGGUCGCUGAUUUUUUUCUCUACAAACGUUCAACUACUGUGAAUAAAAGCGGAAAGCCUGGCUCGCUGUUUAAAGGGGUUCGUGCCCAAAACUAAAUGGAUCUGAACUGGAAUGAUUUGCAUCGCUGGCUCGUUCUAAACGUUGGAGUGUCAAAGUACUGAAGCUACUUAAUGAAACAAAGCUGUUUAUAGUUGAUGUGCCGAAAACAACCGAAUCGCAAUGGUUUCUACAGCCUUGUAUUUCGUUCUGCCCAUUAUAGAUGCUGUAGUUCAGACUGCAGGUGUGAGUACCGCUAUUAACCGUGUUGACUGCGUAAAAGCCAAUGAACUGUGUACUGGUGACCCAGCCUGCAGCAGCAAGUAUCGUACCCUUCGGCAAUGCCUGGCCGGCAGCGCCAGCAUGGUUACCGGACCCGAAGCCAAGAACGAAUGCAUCAGCGCCAUGGAGGCAGUACGACAGAGCCCAUUGUAUAACUGUAGGUGUAAGAGGGGCAUGAAAAACGAGAAAAGAUGUCUUCGAAUCUACUGGAGCAUUCACCAAAGUUUCAUGAAUGAGUUCACGAUUACUGGACAUGAUCUGGUCGGUUCUCCGUACGAGCCAUUGAACAAUAGACUUUCGGACAUAUUCAGGGCAGCAUCUAUCAUCUCAGGUGCAGAACCGAUAGGCUCAAAGGGGAACAGCUGUUUGGAUGCUGCCAAAGCCUGCAACUUAAACGACAAUUGCAAAAAAUUCCGAUCGAUGUACAUUUCGCCCUGCACCGCCCGAGUCUCUGCAUCAGAGAUCUGCAACCGAAGAAAAUGCCACAGAGCCCUCCGACAGUUUUUUGAUCGUGUCCCUGCAAAGUAUACCUAUGGAAUGCUGUUCUGCUCCUGCAGGGAUACCGCAUGCACAGAACGGAGGCGGCAGACGAUCGUGCCUAUUUGUUCCUACCAGGACAAAGAAAAGCCAAAUUGUCUGUCUUUGGCCACUAUGUGCAAGACAAAUUACAUCUGCAGGUCAAGGCUUGCAGAUUUCAUCACUAACUGUCAGCCAGAACCUCGUUCUGCAAGUGGAUGCUUAAGGCAGAAUUAUGCAGCUUGCUUACUUGCUUAUUCAGGACUCAUCGGAACUGUCAUCACCCCAAACUAUAUUGACUCCACUGGGAUCAGCGUAUCGCCAUGGUGCACAUGCAACGGCAGUGGGAACCAAAAGGACGAGUGUGAAGAAUUCCAGAAUUUCUUUAAAGACAACAGAUGUUUCAAAAAUGCCAUACUAGCAUUCGGGAAUGGCACUGAUAUGAAUGUUUGGCGGUUAAUUCCUCCUGCGCCAACUACAACCACAAUCAAACAGAAGUACACAUCACAACCCAAUACUGAGUCAGUGAGCCAUGUCAAUGAAAUCAACUCAAUCGACGAUGAGAGUAUUCUUUCUUUGUGUGCAAAUUUACAGGCACAGAGACUACGCUCUAAUCUAUCGGUGACCCAAGACUUUUGCAUUACAGAGACACAGAGCUCCACUGCAGACGAUAAGGAGAUUUCUGCAAUACAAUCCAAAGAACAGACAUCUGAAGGGACUUCGUCUACGAUCAGUCGAGAGGGCCACAUCAGUACAGUGCUGUGGGUGAUCACUAUUGCACAUUCAACUUUCAUUUGCUUCUACUCAACAGAAACAUUGUAGUUUCAUACAUGGACCUGUACAAAAUCUAUUUCCUGUCCAUCUUAUUUUUCAAAAAUGCUAGUUCUAGAGACAAAGUGGAGAUAUCCUGCUGAAUCGAAUUCGUUGUAACUAGUUGAGGCAGGGAAAAUGCGAGCUUCUCGUCAGUUAUGAGCUACUUUAUGCAAUCCUACAUUCCAAACAAAAAAUCUAGUGGGCAUCAUGGACCAGGGUUUAAUUACAGCUGCACUUACUUUUGACCUAGCCUUAAGCUUGGAAGCGGCGUAUGUUGAAUCCUGUGUGCAUUGUCUGUACAACUGCUUCAUUGAAUCUGACAAUUUAGGUAGAGCACAGCAGGGAAUUUCUUUUGACAAUGGUUUUAUUCAACUAACCAUUUCAGUUGAAGAGUGGGAAGAUACCCUGUUUUAUUUUAAACUUCAAUUAUUAGUUGGAUUGCAUCAGAUAUUUUGAACUUUAUGAAAUGCACAAAUUUCCUGUAAUGUUUAUGUAAAUUGUCUGCUGUCAAAUCUAAAAAAAACAUGACCCAUGUCAAAAUCCUUUGUAAAAAUCUGGGUUUUCCUUUGCCAGGAACUGAAAUCUGUGAUGUGCUUAAAAUUCUUUAAACAGUGGUAUUUACAAAAUUAAGGAUUUAUUUUAAAGCUAGCCUUAAUAAAUUGACGUUUGUUUUCCUUUAAGCUUAUGUUAAUAACUAUAAGCAGUUAGUGAACAGCAUUAUCACAGAUAAAACAUCCAUUAGUGUACUAAAGUGUUCACUCUGAUACUUCUGUUCUACAGCAAUUCUGUCGGUAACCAGCAACCUUUUGGCUGGCCUGUGGUUAAACAACCACAAUUUUGUCUGAAAACUGUUACAAAUCAAAUAUCCAAAUUUGAUAGCUAUUUGGAAUAGAGGGAAAAGUUAUUUAGCUAACUUGAUAGCUAAUUGGAAGAACAGAGGGAAACUGUUACUAACGGUGACACUGAAAAUAGUGGAAAAUAUCUGUCACAUUUUACAAUGGAGCAUUAAAACAUG